AGCGAGUAAUCGUGCGCGGAACGACGGGCCGCUGCGGCGACACUCGUCGACACAGAGAGUAGAGUCAGUCGUUCCCCGCCGGUAGUCCCAGGUAGAGAGGUUCGCGGGCCGACUGUGCUCGAACCCCCGAAUCGAAAGAUCUUCCCCUCGUGCCGUGACCUUACCUUCGUCACUCCAGGUCGACGUGACGUUGUUUGUCUCUGUGUGUGUGCGCGCGUGUGGGCAGGAGGACCCGCGGAGUGGUGCACGAGUGCAGGAAGGAGGAGCGCGGCCUCGGGUUCGGCGCUACCACCACCGCUACCAGGGUUGACACCGAACGCGUGGAGCGUCCUCGGCCACCUGUUGCCUAGCCUGCGUCACACCGCCGUAGUGCGGCAGCAGCCGCCGCCGCCAACCGCCAGUCAAUGCACAGUGAGGACGCUGGGCGUAUCGGCGACGAAAUGAAGCAUGCAGCAUGCGUGGUAGCAGUGUCACGGCUGCGCGGUCCUGCCUUCAACCCCUGGUUUCCGCCAGCCGCUACCUCGCCGUACACGCUCUGCCCGGUGAUCCUCUCUACUUUGUUGUUGACACCAAAUCGAAGGUAAAGGAGGUCUAUGCGCAGACAUGCCAGCUUCUUGGUCAACAGGGGAUGCAAGAUUGCGAACUCUUUGGUCUGGCAAUUCUGUCCGACGGAGAGUAUUUGUUUGUGGACCCGGAGAGUAAGCUAAGCAAAUACGCACCCAAGAAUUGGAGAAGUUCUCACACCUACGGCUUGGACAGCAGUGGACGGCCGGCGUUCGUUCUGUACUUUCGUGUCCGAUAUUACGUGGAUACACCACUACUGCUGAGCGAUGAGACAACGAGGCACCACUACUACCUGCAGUUGCGCGACAACGUCGUUCGCCAUGGAGGCGGCGUCGAGAGCUGGCAGGGCCAGAAGUCCCAGCAUCCCCUGCAGUCGGGUAGUGUCUAUGGGCCGCUGCUCAGCCUCGCCGGACUGGCCUUGCAGGCGGACCUCGGCAAUUAUACGGAGGAGCGCCAUCGUCGACAGGGAUACUGCAAGCCCUCCGAUUACCUUCCUGCCCACAUGUGCCACGAGGAGAACGCACUGUCCGUCCUCGCGGCUCAGCACCGAGACAAUCGGGGACUGUCCCGUGAGGAGGCUGAGCUGUCGUACAUCAGGGAGGCGGUGCUCCUGGAGGCGCCGCUCAACGCUCACCUCUAUCGGUUGCGACGCAGCAAGAGCGAGCAGGGCCCCGGGCGCGUCUUGCUGGCGAUAUGUGCCCGCGGCGUCCGGGUCUACGGCGACGAGGAGACACCCCAAGUCUUCACUUGGAACAAUAUUGGCAAACUCGGCUUCGACCGCAAGAAAUUCGAGAUUCGCGCGGUCGACCAGCCGGGGAAGCUCACAUUGUUCAGUGGCUGCGACGACAAGAGCAAACUCCUGUUGGCGCUAUGUCGAGACACCCACCAGUUCUUCAUGGCCAUAGCGCCGCGCGUCAGCGAGGCCAAGCGGCGCGAGGAAGAGGAGCGGAAGGUCCUGCGGGACUGCUAUAUGUAUCCGGCUCGCUGCAAGCUGAGCCUGACGACGCGGGGCUCGCGGGCGGACCAGCGGAUAUCCCUGAUUUCGAGCACCUCGUCGAACACGACGUCGGGCAUCGUGAGCGACCGGGUGCACAGCGAGGACGAGCCGGACGCGGGCCCAGUCUCGAGCGGCUCCACGGGCUCGACCGAGGAUUCGGGUAGCGCUGCUACGGCUGAGCCCGAACGUCCCAUAUCCUCGCCACCCCGCCCAUCGUCUCAUCCCAGCGAGACCGAGGCGGCCAGUGGCGGUGGAACCGGGGCCACGGCGGCCCUCGGCUCCCAGUGCAGCAGCACCUGCAGCACCGUCGUCGGGAACGCGGCGACCGGCUUGAGGACGACCUCGGCGACUUCGAGCCUCGAGCUCGGCUACUCCCACACGGCCCAGAACUCGGCCUUGUCGGCCGAGCCCAUCUACGACAGGUGCAACAAGACCGCCAAGUAUGCCGCGACGGACAUUGGCAGCGAGACGAGCGGUGUCUACACGCUGCACAGCAGCGAGAUGCUGGACGAGCCGCUGGCCAACGACUCAUCGGUCCAGUCGACCACGGACGAGGCCUCCGUCACCUCGGGCUUCUACACGAUCCACAGCGGACUGCGCUCCGAGACGAGCGGCUCCUGCUACAGCCAGGGCACCGGACACGAGGACCAGGAGCCUAUCUAUAGCCUCUGCCAGAGCGAGGAUCGGCCGAAGCACCUGCAACAGGUCGUAAUAGCCGAGGGCCCGGACGGCGAUGGGGCGAGGUCACGCAGUAACAGCAUUCUUAGUACGAGCAGCUUCCGGGGUGACGGGAGCGAUCCGUCGGGGCAGGGUCCCCUCCUGUCAGCGGACGAGCUAUCCGAUCUGAUCGUCGGCCGGUAUCCGCCACGCAAGAGCGUAGGCGCCUCCAUGGACUCGGACUGCGACUACGUACGGAUGCCACCGCCACCUCCCCCAAGGAGCGACAGCGAGCGGCAGUUACCUCCACCUCCGCCCUAUCCUGGUCUCCUACACCUGCCACCGCCACUGCCGCCGACGCUACCUCCGUCGUCCUCGUCGUCGUCGUCUUCGCCUUUGGCGGCGCACGCAGGAGGGGUACCACCUCCUGGAUAUGUCUGCGGUCGCGAGCGCUUCGAGAUACCGCCUCCGACACCUCCUCGCAACGACGCCAUCACGCCCAGGGAACCACCACCACCGCCUCCGCCGCCAGCGAGGAUACAACCCCCGACGUAUCCCGGAGAUAAAAUGAAGCCGACGCCGGUACACGCACCGGUGGCCGCUUUGGUCGUCGGCCCCAACAACUACCUGGACGUGCACGCGACCCGCGCCGGUCCAGUCCUGCUGCCUUAUAUAACGCCACCCCAGCAAAUCCAGCAUCAAGUUCAGCAGAGGCAGCCGCCACCUCCACCACCGCCACCGCCGUUGUCUCCGGCCCCGAUCACGCACCUUCAGUCGAGCUCGAACCCCAACAGUGCCGCCGCUAUGCUCGCCACCGUGUACACGAGUCAGGUCGCCCGAAGCCAAAUCGAGCAAUAUAAGCAGCAGCUCUACUCGGACGUGGACUACGUGAUGUUCCCUCUAAAAGAUCCGGCACUCUCAAAGCAAGAGUAUAUUGAUGCCAAGCAGGGCUCUCUCCUUGCGGCCAUGGCAGCCUACCCGCCGCCCCCGCCGUACCCGCUACAGGCCGCCAACAAGACCUCCCUCGUCUACAGAAGUACGCCCUACCUCGCCUACCCGGGCUCCUCGCUCUCAUCCCUCUCCAGCAAAUACGCUUCGAAUCAGAAUCUCGCGGGCAGCCUCAGUGACACCAACAGCUCCGUCGGGGGCAACAACUACCUCCUCUACGGGAAUGCGAGCAGCCAGUAUGCCGCGAGCACUAGCUCCCUUUAUAGCGGUUUCACUUGCUCGAGUAGCGGUGGUGGCAGCCAGAGCCUGAGAAAGGACGCAACAUACGCGUCUCCGCCACCGCCGCCGCUGCCACCGACCGCGAGCACUCGUCAUCACAUGCAGCACGUCUUUCAGCAGCAACGGCAGCAACAGCAACACCACGAGGACAUACUCAAGAGCUACGACGGGGGUACGGGUUCACUCUCUCGGCCGGCGAUCAUCAGCGGACCUUGUAUCGGUUCGCUGUCCCAACCCCAGAUGAAGCACAGGAGACUGCCACCCCCACCACCGCCCCCGCCCUACGAUAUCCAGCAGCAGCAGCAGCAGCAGCAAACGACGCAACAUAAUCAGCAGGACGGAAUGUUAGAUAUUAAAACACUCCGAGAGAAAAGCCGCAACCUCGAUUUACCUCUGAUCUCCGCCCUCUGCAACGACCGCUAUCUCCUCAAGCAGACCAAGGCGUUCGUGCUGCCGAAACAUCCGACCGAGGCGAUAUCCUCGACUACGAGCAAGUCCGGGGGUGCGAGGAACGGGGGAGGCAGCAGCAGCAGCGGCAGCUCCAGCCGACACAAGUAUCCAGUGAGCGGAUUGUCGACGACGCAAAUCUCGAAGCCACCGAGGAAGCCGGCCAACAGCACGCACAAGCACCCCAACACCUCGACGACGUUGGGACUGUCGAAGGGCCUUGUCAAUGCCUAUCAAGUAAAUAGCUCCAGCGUGACGGCCAACGAUAAAAAAAAUCCCUCCAGAGCAUCGCACUCCUAGCGGGGAGACUCGAGGAAUCGACUUACUCGCUAAACAACCCUGGAUGUAGCUUUAUGGAUUUUAAGGGACUUGAAAUGAGUUGACUAUUGCAUUGAGCUUAUAUUAUACGAAAGAUUUUUAUUUUGUAAGUUUAAGCGCUUGUUAUUAUGUCUUUUUAAUGUGUUUUUAUUAUGUUGCCGAGAGUCUUCGCAAUAGUUUACAAAGAAUAAAUUUUAAUUCGAUUGCACAUGAAGCAAGCAAAGGAAAAAACAAACAAAGGAAAAAAUAACGAGCUUAAUCUCGCCUUGAAAGUGAAAGAAUAUGAUAUAAAGAUGGAUAAUGCCUAGUAUAUUUUACAUGUUGUAUGGAGUAGUAAGGAAAACAAAA